AUGAAGUCCCUCCAGAUACCAUCCCUCGGCUCCGCGCCUGAAAUCGUCGACAACAUCCCUGUGCAAGAACCAGCCUCAGACCAGAUCCUUGUCAAGUCGUUAUGGACUGCUGUCAAUCCCAUCGACUCCAUGAUCGCGGCGUACGGCAUCUUGGUGACUGACUGGCCUACUGGUCUGGGUGCUGAUGCCUAUGGGGUCGUUGUGAAAGCUGGAGGUGAGGCGAAGGAGAAGUAUGGGUUUCAGGAGGGAGACUAUGUCGUUGGGUGUACGAGAAUUGGUGUAAGGGAGUUUGCCACGGCGCAGGAGUACUUUCUCAUGGACGCUGCAGUAGCAAUGCGCAAACCCUCCAACCUCGAAGUACCCGCAGCGGUCACGGUGGGAAGUGCAUUCCAGACUGCCGCCCUGGGCAUCUCUAAAGGUCUCGGCAUCUCUGUGGGAACCACUAGGAACGAUGUCAAUGAAGACAGAGACUGGGUCCUCGUACUCGGCGGCGCGGGCAGCGUCGGUAGUGCCGCUGUACAACUUCUCUCCCAAGCCGGUCAUGCAGUCGUCGCUUCGUGCUCCCCGAAGCAGUCCUCUCGAGUAGAGAACCUUGGUGCCAAGGGUACAUUCGACUACCACCUCUCCCUUGAAGAACAAAUCAAAGCGAUUGAACACAUCACCGGCGACCCCGGAGACGUCAGCAUGAUCUUCGACGCCACGAGUUCAGAAGACCCCAUCUUAGCUAAAGAACUCUUCAAAACGGCUGAGCUCCAGGGUAAAGAGAAGCUCUUCGUCACGACGAAUGAUUGGAGUGGUAUUGGAGGUUUUGAGGGUGGGAAGACGUAUGAGAUUCAUCUGGGCAUGAUGGGACGGCCGGAGGCGAGGGAGAUUAAUGAGGGAAUCCGGUCUUGA